AUGCCUUUGGCUGAGGUCGAGGUGCCGGUGGCUGAGGAUCAGAUAGGUCAGGAGCGAGUGGUUCAGGAUACACACACCACCAUCAGUGCAUCUACGAAGCCAUCGGUACACACUAAUGGACUUUGUUGGAUGCUCGUUGCGAUGCUGGAGGCCUCCUUAUUAUCAGCUUUUGUUGAGAGGUGGUUCCUGGAGACAUCAUCCUUCCAUCUUCUAUUUGGGGAGAUGACAGUGACUUUAUAUGAUGUGGAUGUUCUCUUUCACAUUCCGAUUGCUAGUACGUUUUCCACACCGGUUUAUAAGGACCAGGCGACGACGGUUCGCAUUGUUAUGGAUGCGUUGGAGGUUGAUGAGGUGGAGGUGUUGAGUGAGUUUGGCGAGACUCGAGGCUUUCACCUUAGGAUGUCUUGGUUGAUGAGGAUUUAUCAGGAUCUUGUGCAUGCAGAGAGGUACCAGGUUGCCGCUAUAGCGUACAUGUUACAUCUAGUGGCAUGUACUCUCUUUGCAGAUAAGUCUGGAGUUUAUAUAGGUCUUCAUUAUCUUUCUCUAUUCAGCGCCUUUGACACCCCAUGUUGGGCUUGGGGAGUGGCGGCAUUGACGAUGUUGUACACGACGCUUGAUAUUGCAUCUCGUCCUGACACCAGACAGCUUGCUGGUUACCUAAGCUUGUUACAGUGUUGGAUCCCUCACAUCUGUGAGCGGAAGAUCCAGCAUGUUGUGGCUGCUGACCCUUAUGCGAAGAGGUGGAAGGCCAAACAGGCCAUUCCAGGAGGGUUGAUUGAGUAUAGGCGGAGUCUCGAUGCUCUGACCCUAGAUGAUGUCAUCUGGAUAUUGUAUACAGGUCACCGCCCUCCUCGUCCUUUUGAUGGCAUCCCACGUCCGGUUCCGGAGGCUUCAGUUAGUGGUAUUGAUCGAUGGUUUCAAAGUCACAUCAUCAGUUCCCCCCGUGAGAUCAUUGAAACAGCUGUUGCAGUUCAAGAGCCUGGGCAAUGCGGGGAUGGAUACCUGGAGUGGUUCCACGGUGUGUCACACCCUAGGUUCAUACCACCUGCCGCAACAUCUGAUGUUCUAGGGCCUUAA